AUGUUCGAAGACUUCUCCUUCUCCUCCCCUUCCUCGUCCAGGCCACCCCGCCUCACGCCGACUCCGACGGACGACGACAAAUCCAUGGCCGACUGCGACUCUAAUAUGAUAUCGCCCAUGUCCUCGCGAUGUCCUUCGCCUCGAUCAUUCGCUGCACCGCGCUUCCCUCGCUCGCGAUCGCUCUACUUCCGUUCGCCGCAGCCGCAGCAGCCACAACAGCCGCCGACCUCCGUCCCCUUCUCCGCCUACGAUAAGCACCGUUUGUCUAUCGGCACGCUCACAAAGAAACUGCACGAACAUUCGAUCCAGACUGAAAACACGUCUUGCCCUGCUUCUCCUUCGUCUCCAUAUGAACCACAACUCCCGACACCGCCGCGUUCCUCUUUUCCGUUCAACCCCAACUUCCCCGGCUACGUUCUCACCCCGCCGGAUACGGAUCUUGAUGACGAGGGCUAUGCGUCGCCGAUAUCUCCCUCCCUUUCCGGCUCGGGUUCUGUCUCGGGGGGUUCCCCAACGUCCCUAUCCCCAUCGCUUCUCCCAACGCCUACCUCCGCACCGCUAGACUUUUGCCCGGAUUUCCUACAACCAAAGCCCGCCGCUAACGCAGAUCCUCCCACCUCCGCCUCCGCCGCAGACGCUCAAAUCUCAAUCCGCACUCGCCGCCAGCACAUCUCACGUCUACAAGGACAAUACACAUCCUCGGACAUUGAGUCUAUCCGGCGCGCCCUUCUAGCCGCCGCAGACGAGGACAUGCGGCAGGCCAACGCGAAUGCCGAGGGCCAGUGCGGAUGGAACUUCAAUCCAGGCCCCCUCCUCUCGGAAUUCACGGAAGCAUGUCACCCGUCUUCGCUGCCGCCCACGCAAGGACCCCGCCGGCGGAGAACAAUCAGCCUGCAGCGUUCUCGGGUACGAUCGCCCGUUAGCCCGGAACCGACCUCGACGUCUGGGUCUGGGGUUGGGGAUACACACCAAAUGCAAAUGCGGAGGAAGAGCAUGUGCACGACUAGCACAGCCUCCAGCUCCCGCAUCGAGAAGAACUACCACUCCUCAUCUGACCGGGACCGGGAGCGUUGCCGUGGCCGCAAGAAGAGCGAGGCCGGCCUCCGUCGGAAGAGCCUCGUCAGCGCGGCUCUGGCGUCGAUGAUCGGGAGCGGGGAAUCGAUAUAG